CCUCGCCCUCAGUGAACCUGUUGCUGUGGCGCGGGAAGGAGGCUGUGGCUGGCUGGCUGGAUCUACUCUCCCUCCCUCUCGCUGCUCACUCUUCCUUUCUCACACUGCCGCAUCGCUAAUCGCCCUCACACACAGUUUCAUCACUCUCCUGUUGAAAUCAUCGGAAAAUGAAACUGACAGAACAGCAGCGUGCAUCGGAGCUGGCCCCUCUACUGGCGGCCGGCUGGGUCAUGGUGAAGGGCCGGGAUGCCAUCGUUAAGACCUUCACCUUCCAGGACUUCAUUCAGGCAUGGGGGUGGAUGAGUCGCGUGGCCCUGCAGAGUGAGAAGAAUGACCACCACCCAGAGUGGAACAACGUGUACAACAGAGUGGAGGUAACCUGGUCCACGCAUGACUGUGGCGGCCUCUCCCUCAAGGACGUCAAGCUGGCGACCUUCUGCGACCAAGCUUAUGCCAAGAAUUGAUGGGGCGGAUUGACUGGAGGGAUGAGUGAUAGGCUGAAGGGAUGAUUGAAUUGAUGGGGUGAUGGGCUGAUGGGGUGAUUAGAUUGAUGAAAUGAUGGGGUGAUUGGGUGAUGGGGUGAUGGGGUCAGAGCAGUAUUGGAAGAGAUGUAUAGAGACAGUCAGAGGGACAAGGAAUUCCUACCAGACCUGUUAUUGGUGAUUCCUCUAAAGAAACACAGUGUUCUCUUCGUUGUUGGUGUUUCCUUCGUUGUCUCGUGUGUUGUGUUUUUCAUUUCUUCUUUUUUCGUUUUCUGGUUGUCUGUUCUUGUUUUGUUUUUCUCUUUUUCUUUUCUUUCUUUUUCUUUUUUCUUUUUUUUAUUCUGCUGCUUAUCUUUUUUUUUUUCUUUAUUAAUUUUCUUUUUCUUUUUUUUGCAUAUCUUGUUUUCUUGAUUUUUUUAUUCAUUCCUCUUCAUCUCUUUUUCUUUUCAUAUAUCCUGCUCUCUUUUGCCAUCUCUAUUUCUUUUUAUUUUUUUAUUUUUUUACAUUUAAUCUUACCUUCAUUCUUUAUUCUUCAUUUUUAUUAUUUUUUUUUACAUAUUUCAUUAUUUUUUUCCCCCCCAUUUAAUAUUUCUUGUGCUUUCUUCAUUUUCUGUAUGUCCUUUUUCUUUUCCUUUAUGCAUCUUUCAAUUUCUCUUCAUCCUUCCCCCUUUAUCCUCUUUUUUACAGGAAAGUUGUGCUCAAACUGCAUUUAUAUUCUGAUAACCCCUAAAUUUUUGUGUUCAUUAAAAUUUCAGUGUAUAGUUUAGUUUUGUAGGAGAUAUUCUUGUGUUUCAGAUGGUUUUGCAUGGAUCAGUAUUGUGUUGCACUGAAUAAUACUGUGUUCUGUCUUGUUGCGGUUGAUUAUAUGAAAUUAAGUAUCUGAUUGAACAUUUCGUUAAUAAAUAAAUAGUUGAAUUAUU